UGAAAUGCCCAGUACAUACUCCGUACACGAGGGUGACCAGGGUCUCUGGAGACCUUUCCCUCGGACUGUUGGCCUUUUUACAUUUCGUGGCAAUAUUCCAGGCUCUCUUUUAUAACAGCUGAAACGACGCGUUCCCAAGAGUAGAGAGUAUAAGGCCAUUUUGUGUCCGCCGUGUCAACCCUCCAUACAUCUACCCGAUUGCGUCGUCCACUGUUAUUCCAAAGCUCCGUCGAGAUGGGUUCAACAGCUACACAGUUCAAGGCCGAGGCCGUGUUUCCGACGGGCAACCCGCCGUUCGUCCAGUUCGCGAGCAGGAGGAGCGUGGUGCACAGUACAAAGGGCAUGGUUGCGUGUACGCAGCCGCUCGCUGCGGAGGCCGGACAGAGGGUGUUGAAGAUGGGUGGGAAUGCUGCUGAUGCUGCUGUCGCAGUCGGUACGUCUUGAAUUUCGUGAAGCCCCCCAAACAACCACCCACACCCCCCUCUACUGGGACUGAAGUCUUAACGAAGUGCCGCAGCCGCCGCAUUGAACAUGACCGAACCCUCGUCGACGGGAAUAGGAGGCGAUAUGUUCUGCUUGUACUUCGACGCGAAGACCAAAAAGGUGCAUGCUCUCAAUGGGUCAGGGCGCAGUCCCAAGAACACCACCGUCGAGCAGGUUAGGAAAGAGCUGGGCCAGACAAGCGGGAAUAUCCCGACACAUAGUGCGCUGGCCGUGACCGUCCCCGGUGCAGCGGCGGGUUGGGUCGAUACGGUUGAGAAAUUCGGCAGUGGGAAGGUGAGUAUGGAACAGAUCCUCACGCCAGCGAUCGAGUUGGGCGAGGAAGGGUUUCCUGUUAGUGAGCUUUCGGCCAAUUUUUGGCAAAACGGCGAAGCAGAUUUGAAGCGUGCAUCGCCGAAUUUUCGCGAGAUGCUGAAGAGAGAUAAGAGGGCAGAUCAGUUCGUCCGGGCUCCUCGAGCUGGAGAGAUUCUGCAGAACCCGUGCCUUGCAAAGACAUUCAGAACCUUGGCGGCCGAAGGGAAGAAGGGCUUCUAUGCCGGCAGAAUCGCCCACGCCAUUGUUGACGUGCUCCGGUUGACGGAUGGGCAUAUGGAAUUAUCAGAUCUGGAAGACCACAUGAACCGUGGACCAGACGAGCCCGCGCCGAUUUCAUUAAAAUUCCGUGGCCAGAAUGUUAAGAACAAGGGGUCGCAGCGCUUGACGGAUGGUGGUGCUGGAGACUAUUUCGUCGAGCUGUGGGAGCAUCCACCGAAUGGACAGGGCAUCGUCGCCCUGAUGGCUCUCGGUAUCUUGGAAGAGCUCGAGCGUACCGGGAAAAUCCAGACGUUCGCCCUGGAGGAUCACAACAGCGCCUCCUAUUUACACGCGGUCAUUGAGGCAUUGAGGAUUGCUUUCGCCGAUGCGAGCUGGUGGGUGACAGACCCAGAAUUUAUGCCUGUGAAGUCCGCGGAGUUGAUCUCUCGCGAAUACCUCGCUGAGCGAGCGAAGUUGUUCAACAAAGAAAAGGCAGAGGACCAUGCUCGUGGGAAGCCACGCAGCCCAGCACAGAACCACAGUGAUACGGUGUAUUUUGCGGUGACGGACAAAGAUGGGAAUGGAUGCAGUUUCAUCAACUCCAACUAUGAAGGGUUUGGGUCGUGCAUUAUCCCCCAGGGAUGUGGAUUUACGUUGCAGAACCGAGGAUCGAAUUUUGACUUGGGCCCAGACGAUCAUCCAAACAUUUACCAGGGUGGAAAGAGGCCUUACCAUACUAUUAUACCGGGCUUGAUUACACAUGGCGACGAGGCUGACAGACAAUUGCACUCAGUCUACGGUGUCAUGGGAGGGUUUAUGCAGCCUCAAGGACAUGUCCAAGUAUUGCUGAACAUGGAGGUUUUUGGGAUGAAUCCACAGCAAGCACUGGAUGCGCCCAGGAUCUGUAUCGGCGCAGGCAUGCCACAAGGAGGAGAGAAGCAGAUGAACAUUGUGUAUGUUGAGGAAGGGAUCGAGGAACCAGUGUUGAAGGCACUGAAACAAAUGGGUCACGAUGUCGAGAUGAUCCAUGGCUGGGGGCGUGGGAGGUUUGGCAGAGGACAGGUCAUCCGAAGGCAUGUCGACGAGGAAACGGGCCAGGCAGUCUUUAGCGGUGGCAGUGAUUUGAGAGGAGAUGGGUGUGCCUUGCCGGCGUAGAGAUGAGAUGCAGACAUUGAAGAGGCUGUGGUCGCAUCAUGUAGUAUGUUGCUAUGAUGAGGUCGGUUAAGGCAUUAUAAGGUGAAGAUGAAGGCGUGAGACGCUCAGGCAGCCACAUCGGGUACUAUGAUCGUGCAUGAUGUACUGUAUGGGCCACUACUGUACCAAGCAUUGAGGCGCCCAUUGCCGAAGCCACCCGCGAAUGCAAUGCCUAGUGAGCCGUGUGAUGAUC